GAUGUUGUUGGUAAAAUGUUAUGCCUAGAGCAUUCUGGGAGGGUGCGAUGCAUAGGUUUAGGAGUAGCUCCUACUAACUCAUUUAGAAAUACAAGAUUUCGACUUUCGGAUUUAAGCAUUGCUUCAUCUAGUGCUGCCACAUCAUCAACAUUUUCUGAUCAGUGGCAACAGAAGUACACUAAUUUAGAAUCCCAAAUUCAAACCACCUUGGGUGCACUAAAAGCCUACAUGAUAAUGAAGGAGGGAAAGAUCCCUGAUGAAUUAACUGCCUUCUUUGAUCCUCAACCACAACAAACAGGUGAUGCAAAUGAGCCUGAGUCUUCUAUGGGUACAAGAGGAUCAUCUGGUGGUAGCAACAUUUAGGAUGUUGAUGAUGUUUUUUAGGAUGAAACUAUUUUAGUGUAUUAUGAACUUUGAGUAAGUAUGGAUUAAGUUGUCAUUGUUUCAAUUUAAAUUGCUUUUAUGUUAAUAUGUUGAUUUUGAGAAUCAAAAGUUCUAAUGAUAUAUAUUUGAG